AUGGCCGAAAAAGAAGAGUUGACUCGAAAGAAAAGAUGUCGAAACGGACAUAGAACCUCAGCGAAACGAAUUAUGGCGUCUAUAGGCGAAACUCUUAUGAGUGUGGCGGAGAAAUCGCAGUUAACUCCGCAUAUUGCGAAGUUAAAACAACAAAAGUCAACACUCGAAGCGAAGUUGAAAUCACUCCGAGAGCAAGAUGAAGCUAUUUUGGCGCUGGUAAGUGUAGAGGACAUAGAGUUAGAGAUUGAGCAAGGGGAUAUUUCACGAGAGAAAAUCGAGUCUGUUAUUAUUGAAGUACAAAUGGCUUUAGAUGAAUAUGAGAAAUCAAGUACUACACAACUGAAUACUGAAAACAAUGUCAUAACCCCAGUUACCCCUACGCAACCCACUACAUCCAUAACAGGGAAUAAUUCAGAAACUGCCAGUAACCAUGGUGACAACAGUAUACAAGCUGACCCUUCAAAUUUCAUGAAUAAUUACACCAAAAUACCCACAGUAAAGUUGCCAAAGUUAAAUCUUAGGGCAUUUCGGGGAGAUCCCACAUCUUGGGCGACAUUCUGGGAUACUUUUGAGUCGUCAAUUCACAACAAUCCCACACUAUCAA